AUGGGUAACGUCUUCUCUUUCUCAAUCUCAGGUGAUGAAAUUUUAUCUCGUUGCCUGGAUUGCACGGUUGCGAAAACUGCAUACAUAAGAGACCUCGAAGACAAACUUGGUGAUUUGCAAGCCGAAUACCAAAAAUUGAUUGAAGCAAGGAACGAUGUAACGAAGAGGGUUAUGAUUGCUGAAGAGCAACAUGAAAUGAAACGGCUGGACCAAGUGCAAGGCUGGCUUUCAAGGGUGGAAGCGGUGGGAACUGAAGUUGAGGAGAUAAUGAAAGAUAGCUCUCAAGAAAUUGAGAGAUUACGUCUUGGCGGCUAUUGUUCCAGGAACUGCAAAUCCAGCUUCAAGUUUGGAAAAUGGGUGGCUGAAAAGUUGCGAGCUGUGGCCACUUUAAAGAGUGAAGGAGAUUUCAAAGAUGUGGCUGAGAGGGUACUAAAAGAUUCGGUUAAUGAAAAACCAAUUGAUCCAACGAUAGUUGGUAUGCAAUCCAUAUUUGAUAGAGUUUGGAGAUGCCUUGGAGAAAAGCAAGUGGGAAUUAUAGGACUACAUGGCACAGGAGGAGUUGGUAAAACUACACUAUUGACUCAAAUCAACAACAACUUCUGCAACGAACGAAAUGAUUUUGAUGUUGUGAUCUGGGUAGUGGCGUCUAAAGACCACCAAGUUGAGAAGAUUCAAGAAGAGAUUGGGGAAAAGAUAGGUUUGUCAAGCGAGUUGUGGAAGAAAAAAAGUCUCCGUUAUAAAGCUGAUGACUUGUUCAAGAUUUUGAGAAAGAAGAAAUUUGUUUUAUUAUUGGAUGACAUUUGGGAGAGAGUUGAUUUAAAAGACGUGGGAAUCCCUCAUCCAGAUCCAAACAAUGGAUCAAAAAUAGUUUUUACCACUCGUUCUGUUGAGGUUUAUGGCCAUAUGGAAGCUCAUAAACAUUUUAGAGUGGAGUUUUUGGAAAAUGAAGAAGCAUGGAACUUGUUUCAAUCAAAGGUUGGAGAAGACACUCUUAACAAUCAUCCAGAUAUUCUUGAAUUGGCCAAAAUUGUAGCCAAAGAGUGUGGUGGUUUACCGCUUGCACUCAUUACCAUUGGUAGAGCAAUGGCGUUCAAGAAGACACCUGAAGAAUGGAGCCAUGCCAUUCAAGUCCUAAAGAGAUCAGCCUCUGAAUUUCCAGGUAUGAAUGAAGUGUAUCCUCGUUUAAAGUUUUCUUACGAUAGUUUGCCGAACGACAAAGUUAGAUCUUGUUUCUUAUACUGUAAUUUAUUUUCUGAAGACUUUAAUGUUCUUAAAGGGGACUUAAUAGAUUAUUGUUGGAUAGGUGAGGGAUUUUUAGAUGAAUAUGAGGGAAUUGGAGCUCGAAAUCAAGGAGACCACUUUAUUGGUAUUCUUCUUAAUGCAUGUUUAUUGGAAGAAGUAUCCAGUACUGUUUAUGAUAGGGUGAAAAUGCAUGAUGUGAUACGUGAUAUGGCUUUGUGGAUAGCAUGUGAAGUUGAGAAGGAGAAGGAAAACUUUUUGGUCCAUGCAGGUGCCAGACUAACAGAAGCACCAAAGGCUGACAAAUGGAUAGGGUUGAGAAGGAUAUCAUUAAUGGAAAAUCAAAUAGAGAACCUAUCAGAGGUUCCUACAUGCCCUCGCCUCCUCACAUUGUUUCUGAAGGACAAUAGAUUGAAGAUGAUAAAUAAUGACUUCUUUCAAUCUAUAUCUUCUCUAAAACUUUUAGAUCUUUCAUUUAAUCCUCUCACCAAGCUACCAUCAGGAAUCUCGAAGUUGGUUUCACUACAACAUCUUGAUCUCUCAGGGACUCAAUUAGAAGAGUUGCCAAAAGAGUUAAAGGCUUUGGUUAAUCUUAAAUGUUUGAACUUGAACGGCACAAAUCAUCUUCGUACAAUUCCGCGUAAAUUGAUAUCUGAGUUUUCAAUGUUACGCGUAUUGAGAAUGUUCUAUUGUGGUUUUUUCAGUGAAGAUAGCAUUUUGUUUGGUGGAAAUGAAUUUUUAGUGGAGGAAUUGCUUUGUUUGGAAGUUUUGAAUGUGUUAAGCAUCGACUUACGGAGUAACUCUGCACUCCAAAAAUUUUUUAGCUCUCGUAAGUUACAUAACUUGAUCAACUGUCUGAGAGUUCAUCGUUUCGCGAAUAUUAAGUCCCUUAAUGUUUAUUCUUUAGCAACUAUGAAGCAUCUCGAAAUUCUACACAUUUCAGAUUGUGAAGAUUUGGAAGAGGUGAAGAUUGAAAUAAUAUGUGAAGUCCAAGAGAUACGAGAACCUCAUGGUUUUCAAAACCUCCGGUCAGUACAUUUAUGGUCUUGCUUUAGAUUGAGGGACUUGACGUGGCUUAUUCUUGCUCCCAAUCUCAGGUCUUUGUUUGUUGGGAAUUGCUCUGAUAUGGAAGAAAUAAUCGGUAUCUCAAAGUUUGGUGAAGUUCAACAGAUAAUGGGAAACUUGAACCCAUUUGCAAAAGUCAAUGAUUUUAUACUAGGAAAACUGCCAAAAUUGAAAAGCAUCCACCGGAAUGCCUUGUCUUUCCCACUUCUGCAGGAAAUGAAUAUAUCUGAAUGUCCACUACUUAAGAAGCUUCCACUUGAUUCCAGUCUCGCAAUCACAAACAGACUUGAAUUUGUUAUCAGAGGAGAUAAACAUUGGUGGGAAGAGUUGGAAUGGGACGAUGAAGCUACUCAAAAUGUUUUUCUACCCUUUUUCAGAUCAUUGACGAUUAACAGGCAUCAAAAUGAAUGUGGAGAGCCUGAAGCAGAACUUGGAAGUGUACAUAAUUAUGUAUUUUGA